UUAACCUCUUAUUUGUUUCCUCUAUGGUAAAAUAAAGGUGGGCACAGAUUACAAAGACGAAAAGAAAAAGAAUAUAUUGAAAAUUGAGAUUGAGAAGUGCAAAUUUUAAUAUUAAUUUUAUUACGUAAAACUAAGUAGUCACGUAAAUAAUUUAGUUUGAAACAGUACAAGUACAAUGAAAAAAGAAAAAAAAGGUGGUCGUUGGUGUUCUGCUGGACAGUGUAAAGCCAAUUCAAAGACUACAAAUAUAAGUUUUUUUAGUUUUCCUAUGAAUGAAGAGCGGUGGCUGUAGACAAUGGGCUAUCAACUGUGGCCGCAUGGAUCUACUUAAAAAAACUACGAAGUAUUGCCAUGAGAAUUGUAAGCUUUGUGGUUGGCAUUUUGAAGACGUAAUGUUUUUGAAUGAUUUGAAAAAUCGUCUCCAGCGGCACGCCGUACCAACACGGUUUUCGUUAUUACCAGGAUUACAAGAGCUUAAAGAAGAAUACUGUGAUUUAGAAAGUGUAGAUAAUGGAAGUAUCCACUCAAUGGAAAUAUCAUCUAAUGAUGCAGCCUUGAGGUCAUCACCUAGUCCCUCUGCGAGCACUCAAACAUCACAUUACUUAUCAAGCCACACACCUCACAAAUUAUCUGCCAAAGUUAAGGAAAAUGUAAAAAGCAAUUUAACGAAUGAUAAUUCUUCCUUAAAUAGUUUGCAAAAUGACAUUGACAAUUUAAAGGAAUUAUGCGAUAAACUCCUGCCUUCCAAUCUAUCUUCCUUUAUUAAAUUUCAAAUUGAAUUGUCAAAAAAGAAUAAGUAUUCACACGAGUACAGGCAAUUUGUUUUAACAUUAUAUUAUCUUAGCCCACAAGCAUAUAAUUUUCUAACUAAAACUUUUGCCUUACCUUCUGUAAAAACUUUAAGAACGACUCAAAAAUGAGAAUUUCCAUCAUUCUAACCGAUAUCUUUUUUAACCCCUAAAAUAAUAGCACAAACUAUGAGUAUGAAAACUAAAGUGUGCUUUGUACUGAUGAAAUGUCAUCGAAGACAAAUUUGUUUUAUAAUUUUAGCAAAGGUCAAGUUCCAUCAAAUUGAAACAAACAAAACUAUUCCAACCAGUCAAGUUUGCUAUUGUUUUAAUGACCAGAGGGAUACAUGUCAGUUGAAAAAAGCUUUUGGCUUAUGUAUUUGUAAAUUCAUGAUACUCAAGACAAGAUAAGAUAG